AUGGAUGGAAAGGGAAAUAAUAGUAAUAAUGCGGGGGUUCGAUAUAGAGGUAUUCGUAUAAGACCAUGGGGUAAGUUUGCAGCAGAAAUUCGUGAUCCAACAAGAAAGGGUACUCGUAUUUGGCUUGGAACAUUUGAUACUGCUGAACAAGCUGCACGUGCUUAUGAUGCUGCUGCUUUUCAUUUUCGUGGUCACAAAGCCAUUCUCAACUUCCCAAAUGAAUAUGCACAUUCUACUACUAGUUAUUAUAUUCCAAACACUACUUCUCCCUCAGAUAAUACAUUGCCUAACUCUUCUUCUUCCUAUCAGCAACAUGUACAACAACAACAAGAUGAUGAUGAUAUUUUAGAUCAACUGGCUUGCUUGGACUACAAGUUGUUGGAAGAGUUCCUUCAUGGGCAAGAUGAUGCUGCAGCCGGUAGCUCUAGACAUGCGAGUGAAUAG